ACACGCCCCCAAAGAAGAGCCCGGAAGUGGGAAUCGUUGACGCGAAGCAGGGUCAUGUCUGUCCUUAUCGUUAUUUGAGCGGCUGACGGCCAUGUGGUUAACGAACCACAACAACACUCGUCUGCUGUCCUCAUUGGUCCACGGCUGAUUAACGAGGAUUGGUUAUAAGAAGCUUUUUAUACGUGACAGCGUAAACAGUCCAGAAAAGUAGGGCAGUCUCCCACAGAGAACCGGAUCAUUCCAGCACUCGAAGCCGUUAGAACGGGAGGAAAUGAGCAACGAAUAAAGUUUCCAGACACGCAGACAAAAACAGUGAGUGAAAGUGGAGCAGACAUGGUGGAGGUGUUCACCGGGAGGACUCUCCUCAACAAAGACGGGGACUUCGUUGACCCAGAGGAGGCGUUGCGGAACAAAGUAGUAGGGAUCUACUUCUCAGCGGGCUGGUGCCCACCGUGUCGGGACUUUACUCCCAUCCUGUGUGAUUUCUACACGGAGCUGGUGGAGGAGAGCGAACCUCCGGCUCAGUUUGAAAUCGUCUUCGUUUCCUCUGACAAGUCCAGCGAUGACAUGGUGGAAUAUUAUCAUGACAUGCACGGUGAUUGGCUGGCGCUGCCCUGGACGGACGACUACAAACAUGAGUUGAAGCAGCGCUACACGAUCACUGCAGUGCCCAAACUGGUGAUUGUAAAGGAGAACGGGGACGUGAUCACAGACAAGGGCAGGAAACAGAUCCGGGACCGAGGCCUGUCCUGCUUCAGGUCCUGGUUGGAGGCUGCAGAGGUCUUUCAGAAUUUUAAGGAAUAGAGAGACGAGAGGAAAACAUCUGAUGUGACCACAGUGAGAGCUCAGCUGCACCAAAUGAAGUCCUUUUAUGUUUCACAUUAGAGCUUUGAGUGAACGAUCAAAUCGCAUUUCUGUGGCUAGAAACUUCCUUCUCUGUUUUGUUUUAUUUUUGUGUGUGUUUGAACCAAACAUUCUAUGCAUUUCAGACAAAUCUCAGGCUUGUUUAAUGCAGUUUGUGUAAGAAAUGCUCUAUUUUCUUAAUCAAAAUGGAAAAAAAAGGCUUUCAUGAAAAUGUAAAAAGCUGGAGAAAAGCCAAAUUUGAGCCACUGCUGUAUUUACUGACCACUAAUGUCUGUAAAUACAGCAGGGGUUCUCAUGUAAUCAGACCUGUGCUUCAUACUUUUGAGCUGUGACCACAUUGUUAUGAACUUUAAGUUCAAUGUAACAAAAACCAUCGAAACAGGGCUCAGAAAUAAGACUCCAAAUCUCUAAGAGUUUUCAAAUAGUUAGAAUGAGUUGAUAUAUAAAUAGGAACUGUACUUUAUAUUCUCUUCAGGUAAAGGAGAAGGUAACUGAAGUUCUACAGGCUGAGCAUGUUUUUUGUGCUGUAGUACUGUAUAGUACUGGUAAGAAAAGUAAUAUAUGGUUCCUGCAACUCAGCAGUUUUCUUUUUUAACCACUGCUUAUUUUCCUCUUUUUAGAACCAGAACAAAACACCACAAUUCUAUUGAAGAAGAUAUAAAUCUGUUCUCAACAACAGGUCAGCAGGUAAAAAAAACCCAAAGGUGUACUACUUAUAGGGAAACUAUGGAAUCCAACUGUUACACAGUGCUUAGAUUGUCAUAGCAAGUACAAUGCAACAUGACAACUUGUUCUAGAACAGCGCAGCCAACUCAGUUAUGGUGAAAGUUUACUUUAAAUGAAGUGUCUAUAAAGAAUUUUUUUCUACUCAUUUAGUUACUCUUCAGUUACUGACUGUAAAAACAUUAAUUCUAUUCAUGUUGCAUUGCACUUGACAAUGACCACUGGAGCGGGUUAAAAGUCACAGUACUGGCUGUUGACUGUUGAAUUCCCCCCUAAUUCGAUCUAGGAUUACUUCAUGGUACCAGGAGGUGGCUCUGAUAGGCUUGUUCUUAAUGGAAGAAAUAUGUGUUUACAAAGACGUGGCAGUCAAUUAUAUUGUUGUUGUUUUAAUUAAACAUAAAACACAUGGUUUAUCAAACUUA